AUGAGCCCUAUUCCGACGAUUGAACAUGUCCUGCAUACCUGGAUUAGGCGCGAUGACCCUGAUAAUCCAGAACAGAGACCUACUGACCCGAAUGGACUUGUGCUCGAAGCGUGGGCGCAGGGCUACAUGGUCGGGUCGCUCAUCAUCAUGUCCUGCAUCACAUUGGCAAACAUGCGGAAAGGCGUUCUGCUGCACAAGCUGAUUUUGCUCGAGCUCGUUCUCGGGUAUUGGCAAGGCUUCUUCAUUCUGUUCAACCCGCCUGUGUACGCCUGGUGGCUCUCCAUAGCCGCCAUUCCGCUCAAUACCUCCUGGUGGUUGCAUAACGUCAUCGCCUGGAUGAAAUUGAGGCCUUUCCUCAACAAAACUGUCAGCGGAUUUUUCAUCGGCACUAUAAUUUUGGUCAUUCCGUAUUGGAUUGUCGAGAUCUACGCGAACUUCACGUACUUUCACGAUGUCAACAAGAUCUUCCUGAGGACACGGCCGUGGGAAGCACUAUGUCGGGAUCCCUGGUGGAUAUUGGCGGCCUGCCUCUUGAUCUACAACAUCAAAACCAAGUACGAUCUGACUCUGACGCAAAUUGUUCGCAUAUCUCCUCGCUUUGCUGUUAUGCUGGGUGCCAUGGUUCUCAGCAUAUGUUUUAUAAUUCUGGAUGUCCUGUCGGUCACCUCGGCCCUCAAGUCUGCGUUACCCGUGGGCAUCAACCCAUUCUGGAAGCUGUCCUUUGUGUUCAAGUGUUUGACCGACUCAGUUGUCUUGGACGAUUUCAAAACAGCCUUGGAUCGAUUGAGGGCCUUCAAAAUGAGCCGGCUCGGCAGCUUUGCUUUGGACGCGGCAGAUCAUCGCAACAAGAAGCACAAGGAGGACGUGAAUACCGCCAAUAAUUGGACCGCACCGCCUCCACCACCAAAUGGGGACAGGCCUCUCCCGGUCGGGCCCCUACCAAUAUUACCUAGUCCUGAGGAUGACUAUAUUAAGCCUCGGUGGGACGAGCUGAAAGACGGCCGCUCGGCCCAUCUGGAAAACGGAGACGUUGCUCGGAAUGGCUCGAGAGAUCGGGACCCGGAGGAGAACCCUUUUGACGCGAUUGACUACGCCGAUCCCCAACGAGAGUCCAGUGACACUCGAAUGCUCAAAAACCAAACCAGUUGGCUGCAAAGGCGGUCUUCUGAAGAUACCUCCUCCGAUGCUGACAUAGAAUAUGCCAUGGCGGUCCGGUCGAUGACCAAUGAUUCUAUGGAACAACAACGUAACAGGAGCAAAUCAAUAGGGAUCGCCAAGUGA